CGUGAUAAACUCUCAGAAACAUUGCUUCCCUCAGGACCUACCACCAUGUCACGAACCCAGAAGUUCGCACUUGUCACCGGAUGCGGCCAGGGAGGAAUUGGCGAAGCAUUGGUGACCGAAUAUGCUCGCCGCGGCAUUCACCCCAUUGCUACUGUUCUCCCCAAUGAGUCGAGCGAACAUCUGUCUGCCAAGGGCAUCACCUUCUUUCCCCUCGAUGUGACGAUCGAGGAGUCAGUGGUCGAGCUCAAAGCCCGCAUCCGGGACCUCACGGGCGGAUACCUCGACAUUCUGGUGAAUUGCGCGGGAAUUGCGUAUACGAUGACGGCCAUCGACACCGACGUCGGUGCCGUGCAACGCAUGUUCGAUGUGAACCUCUUUGGCCCGAUGCGGAUGGUGCACCACUUUCACGACCUCAUUAUCCCCGCCAAGGGAACAAUCGUCAACAUUGGCUCGAUUGGUGGCAUAGUUCCUUACUUGUAUGGAGCAUCGUAUAAUGCCACCAAGGCUGGCCUUCAUCACUGGUCCAAUACCCUGCGGGUCGAAAUGGCCCCCUUUGAGUACGUGAUUUCCGGCGAGGUGUAUACCAACAUCCUGAAAAAUGACGCGCAUCGACAACUCCCAGAAGGCUCCUACUACAGCCCUCUAGCGGAAGAAUUCCGGCAACACGUCACCAGAACUCCCUCUGGGGCGACGGAUCGAUUCCAGUAUGCCUCCAAGGUGGUUGGGGAGAGUCUGCGCUCCAGUCCUUCCGCCUGGUUCUGGACGGGGAGUUCGACAGGGCUGAUCCGCUGUUUGGAUACAUUUGCCUGGCGGACGAUUUGGGACUGGAUGUUCUGGAGGAUGUUCAACCUGGGCAAGCUGCAUCGAUCUCACGCUGCGCUGGGUAAGAAACAAGUUUAGUUUAGUUUAGCUUAGCUUGAUGCAGAGUCGGACUUGACCGGG